AUGCAGAGCAAGAUCCAGGAGACCAAGGACCUCAUGAAGAAGAAGGCGCAGGAGAUUGAGAAGACCAAGAUAGAGGCGGCCAAGGGCGGCCCCUCCCGCAUGUCGGCCAUCUCCUCCAUGGCGGGAGGCCCCUCCAGCGGCAUGGGCGGCGGCGGGCGCGGCGACAUGGACACGGGCCCAUCGUACCGGCCAGAGCCCUCGGCGGCGGCCUAUGCCGCCAAGGAGCCAGCUCGGGCCACCAAGAAGGGCAUGCAGCUGGGAAAGUCCAAGGGGGCUGGGCGCGACUUCCUAGAGUCGCUCAAGGCAGAAGGGGAGCAGGUGGAGGAUGUGGCCUCGGGCGCGCGGCGCUGA